GCAUUUACCAACACUAACACCUGCAAGCAACUUGUCGUUUUCAAAGUGAAAAACAUUAAAUAAAACGCAAUUUAAUGGCCAAAACAAACAUCACUCACCCCGGGUCGGCACGAAGUCUUUAAAUAAAUAGUAAAUUUGUCGAUUUAUGGAUAGUAAAUGCCCAAUAAGACGAAAAGAGAGGCUUGCCAAGUCUCCUGUGUGUAUGCGAGUGUGGGUGAGUGUGCCUGUGUGUGUUAGUGUUGGUGCCAGAACAAUAACAAGCCCAGAAAUGCCAAUGGAUAUGGAAAUGGAAUGUAAUAUAGAAGGACCCAAAAGAGCGUUCCACCAGAGGCGAUGAAUCACAGCCGCCACAAACGUGCCUUAUUAACGAACGAAAAGCAAUAAACUAACUUAACCCAAAGAUGCCGCUGCUGAGCAAAUGCUUCCCCUGCUUUAAGUUCAAGCGUGAGGAGGUGAUCGACAAGCUGGACUAUAGCAAUACCCCUUUGACCGAUUUCCCGGAGGUUUGGCAGCAUGAGCGAACUCUGGAAGAGCUUUACCUGAGCACUACAAGGUUGCAAUCGCUGCCACCGCAAUUGUUUUAUUGCCAAGGAUUAAGGGUGCUACACGUAAACAGCAAUAAUCUAGAAAGCAUACCCCAGGCCAUUGGCAGUCUGCGACAGUUACAACACUUGGAUCUCAACAGGAAUUUAAUUGUCAAUGUGCCCGAGGAGAUCAAGUCGUGCAAGCAUUUAACCCACCUGGAUCUAAGUUGCAAUAGCCUUCAACGUCUUCCCGAUGCCAUUACCUCGCUCAUUUCGCUGCAAGAACUGCUGCUAAAUGAGACCUACCUUGAGUUUUUGCCCGCCAACUUUGGGCGGUUGGUCAACUUGAGAAUUCUCGAGCUGCGACUCAACAAUCUUAUCACGCUGCCCAAGUCCAUGGUGCGAUUGAUCAACCUUCAGAGGCUAGACAUUGGUGGCAAUGAAUUUACAGAGCUGCCCGAAGUUGUUGGCGAGCUGAAGUCUCUGCAUGAACUAUGGAUCGACUUCAAUCAAAUACGCCGGGUUUCGCCCAACAUUGGCAAGCUGCGUGAGCUGCAGCACUUCGAGGCCAAUGGCAAUCUCCUGGACACUCUUCCCAGUGAACUGAGCAACUGGCGAAACGUAGAGGUGCUGUCCAUAUGCUCCAACAAUCUGGAAGCUUUUCCAUUCAGCGUUGGCAUGCUGAAGUCUCUGGUGACAUUCAAAUGCGAAUCGAACGGAUUGACGGAACUGCCUGACAGUAUUAGCUAUUUGGAACAGCUGGAGGAACUGGUGCUAAGCCACAAUAAGCUAAUACGCUUGCCCAGCACAAUUGGAAUGCUGAAGAGUCUGCGCUUCCUAUUCGCCGAUGAUAAUCAGCUGCGUCAAUUGCCGGAUGAGCUAUGCAGUUGCCAGCAGCUUAGUGUUUUGAGUGUGGCCAACAAUCAGUUGUCCGCCCUGCCACAGAAUAUCGGCAACCUGGGCAAGAUGAGGGUACUCAAUGUGGUCAAUAACUACAUAAAUGCAUUGCCUGUUUCAAUGCUAAAUCUAGUGAAUCUCACAUCGAUGUGGCUCAGCGAUAAUCAAUCGCAGCCACUGGUGCCUCUGCAAUAUCUGGAUGCAAGUACAAAGACCCAGUUGACCUGCUUCAUGCUGCCGCAGGUCACUUUCAAGAUGAACAGUAUACAGGCCCAACAGCAAGCACAGGAGCAAUACGAGUUCGUCUACGCCAAUCAGCAGCAGCCCCACGUGAGUCCCUCCAGGAGGAUCUGCUUCGCCGAGGAGGCCACCAUCCUGAGCAAUGCCAAAGCACAGCCAGCGCCCAGCUAUCCGAGCUACGUGGCUGCUCCGCCAACCCCGACGCCCGAUCAGAUGGCUGGAUCCGUGCGGCUGAUGCGAUCGCCCACUCCGUAUCCUAAGGAGCUGCGUCAAAUGGCCAAGUACGUGCGACAGGCUCAGGCGGCGACCACAUCGGCCAAUGCCAGCGAAGUGCGAGAGGCGCGGGUGGUGGCCAACGGCCAAGUUCACUGUGAUAGCAGCAAUGCCAACCAGGAUGCUGUGGACCAGGCCACAGCAAGUGCAAUAUACGCCAUGGCGCCCGAUACGACACACAUCUACGGAGUCUAUCAGCAGCCGCAGCAGUUGGCGCAUCCGGUGCCGACGCAGGAGUACUAUGGCCUGCCACUGGUCAACUAUGAGGCGCACUACCAGCAGCUCUACGUGGAGGCCAACACGCCGCUUCCCACCACGCAUUUAAACGGGGAUCAGGACUACGAACUGCAGCCGCUGCAGCAGCAAGCCAUGCAGCAACAGGCGGCGCCACCACCUCGAUUGGAGCCGCCACCUUACCACAUCGCUCGAGUUUACACGAAGAAAACGCCAGAGGAUCUCAACCUCUACGAGUCCAUGCGACAGCGCAAGCAACAACAGCAGCUGCAGGAUCAAACCAUCUACCAGGAUGCCUUGAACAGCAACAGCAACUUCAAGACCACGGCGAUUGGCGCACAGGAGGUUGAGGAGUCUGUUGAUCAGUUGGACUACCAGAACAAUAUCAGCAGUAAUUUGGAGCUAAGUCCGGAGGAGGAUGAACAGGAGCUGGACGACACCAUGUCGCAGCACUCGCUUAAUUCCACGGCCACAAACAAUACUUCCAAAGCGAGCCACAAGAAAUCCACCUGGAUCUUUGGUGUCCACAAAAACCCGACAGUCAAACAGGUUACCCUCAAGUGGGAGCACAGCAUUGGCUUCGACGUAGCCGAGCUGCUAAAUCAGGUCGGCAUCUUUGUGAGUUCCGUAACGCCAAAUACGAAUGCCGCCCGCCUGCUGAACCUGAACGACAAGCUGCUUGAGAUCGACGGCUACGACCUGACAAAUGCCAACCUGAGCGAUGCCAAACGAGUGCUGCUUAACUGCGGCACGGUAAUGAACAUUAUGUUGUCGAGAAAAUGAUGGACCAUUUGUGAACCAACCUAAGCCGAAUCCCAUCCCGAGACCGAAGACUUUUUGUGCAUUUUUCUAACGCAUUUUUCCAAUAAGCAGCAUCGCCGAUAUCGGAUCGCAACCACUUGGACCUAUCAUAAUGUUAGUUCAUAAUAACCCUUCCGUACUGGCGGUCAAACGAUCAGUCAUAGAGCACAAUCGCCGGCUAGAUGAUCCCAUGUUUUUCUUCGUAUGUUAGAUAGAUAGAUCAAUCCAAACUGCCAUUUUCUCUACACCUAGAUGAAGUAUCCCAUACUCAAUAGAAAAAUAAUACCACAAUACGGCCAAAAUUAGUAGUUAUAGCCCUGAACGAGUAUUCUCUGAAUUUGAAUUAAAUGAAACUGAGUGCAUUUAUGAUUUGACUCUAACACAGUCGUUUUGCAUCCAAUCGAAGCGGCUUUUAAGUUAUGUUUAUCAAAGUUUGAUUUAAUCAGUAUUUAAUCGGUAUCUUAUGUAAAUAGUUAAGUUAAGCAUUAUGAGAAGCAAUCUUACUUUGUGUCAAUUAUGAGUUCUAGAGCAAUAUAAAUUAUCUGUACUCCAUAAUCACGACGCGUAGCUUACACUUUAAUGGCAUUUGCAUCUCGAGCUGUGCGAAUAUUAUUCUGACCGCCAGUGGAAUGUAACAGCAUAAUACACAUAAAUAGUGCAAUUAGCGUCGAUUAUAGGUAUAUAUACGCACUCAUACAUAUAUAUACUCGCGAUAAUCUGACAAAUUACCUUCAACUAGCGCCUAUUUUACGCCCAGCGUUGUUCAAAUUUGUUCCCAAAAUUGUAUGUAUAGAUCAAUUACUUGAUUACAAAAGAUAUUUGCUGUUUAUGUUAGUUGUUAUGGUGCAGCAAUAUAAAUUCUAUAUAUAUUUACAUAUACGUAUACUCUAUAUUUAUUAUCCAAUCGAUCGAAGUGUCAAACAUCAUUUUCAAUGCGAACUGUUAACACAAACUGAAUUCUCACACCAUUGGCGUUGUGAUCAGUAUUAUUAUUUAUCUGGUUAAACACACGUGAAAUCUAUUCGAAAGUUAAGCACUUCUAUAUUCAUAGCGAUUAUAUAUAGUCAUACAUAUGUGCAUUAUCGAAUUACACACACCCAAACACACUCACACUCACACACACACACAUACGAAUCUAGCUAACUUAAGCGAGCGCACACAUUUUGCCAAUUCAAUUUGAUUUAAGAGCGUUACCACAAAUCACUGAAAUACAACUUUCACUUUGUCAUUUC